UGUGUGUGUGUGUAUGUGUGAGAGUGUGUGUGUGAGAGAGAGAGAGAGAGAGAGAGAGAGAGCUCACAAUAUUCAUCUGCUGAGAGUAUAGAGGGAGGGACGGACAGAAACCUCGGCUGGCGACAGAAACCAAUCAGAGCGACACAUUAGCGAAGACAUCGAUCGGGAUUUAUUUAUCUGACGGAACCCGCCAUCAGUCUGUCAAACAAUAACCUUCAGAAACCUCGGAGAAACAUUAACGUUACGCGCCGACGACAUGGCUGAUUUCAGUAUCGAUCAGAACAACCUGCCUGGCGUAAAAGAGGUGUGCCGGGACUUUGCCGUUCUGGAAGACCACUGUCUGGCCCACAACCUUCAAGAACAGGAAAUCGAGAGCCACCUGGCAUCCAACGUCCACAAGAGCCGCCUGGUGCAGCAGGACCUGCAGGUGGCCAAACGUCUGCAGGAGGAAGAGGACAAGCGGGCCAAAGCCGAGAGCAAGAGACAAUACCGCCACAUGGAACGCAUCGACAUAGAAAUAGCUCAGGAGAUUCAAGAACAACUGGUCCGGCAGGCUGAACAGCAGAGGCAGCAGGAGGAGAAAGAUGAGGCUAUCGCCCGGAAGCUGCAGGAGCGAGAGAUGAAAGAGGAGAGAAAACGGCAAAAGCAGAUGGAAGGAAACCUCGAGGAGUACUAUGAUGAUAAAGCCUUCCGAAAAGAGAAGAAUCACAACUACAAUCGAAUUCUUUCCCCGUACAACUCUCCUGAGCCUGACAGAAAAAGAUAUCCCAGUAGCCAUAGUCGAUAUCCGGAAUAUGAGCCGGAAUAUGAGUUCAGCCGAUCUAGGCAUCCGGAGAGUCCGAGCAAGGAAAGGAUCCUCGAGUACUACUCACCUGAGCGUCGACCGGAAGAAAGAAAGAAACCUCUCAAUCUUGAUCACACAGAACCACGUAGAAGGAAGAAGCAAGAUCAAUGGGACGACCUGGAGCCAGUGAUGCACUGGAAGGAGAGGCCUCCAAGGGAUUACUAUGCCGGCCGGGACAAGGUCUGGGACAAGGAGAGGAUCAGGGAUCGAGAACGAGAAUGGGAUGGACGGAGAGCCAAGGAAAGGUCGAAAGAUCGCAACUGGACAAGAAGUCAAGAUCAACUGUUUAGCGGCAUUGACAGGGGCAGGGGCAGAAACGUGGACUGGGAGAUGGACCAAAAUGGACACAGUAGCAGAGAGAGGCAAAGAGAACAAGGCAGAGAUGGGAACAGGGGGAGGAACAGAAGCAGGGAGCGAGAACUGGAUGAUUAUGGUCUCACCCCAACUAGAGGAUGCUCAGAAGAAAGCCUGGAGUGGGAGGAUCAUAAGAACAGGAAGAGGGUCCCGUCAGGUCCUAAUGAGGUGUUUGAGGAGCCUGUUUUCAGAGGUCCCUUAAACGAGGGCUGGUCCCCUGGUCAUUCUCCAAGAGAGAGAGGUCGGAAGCCGCGAGGAGACUAUGGCAUGGAGGUGGCAACGCAUGGACUAGCCCACUUAGACCUACAAGACCAGGAGCUCAUAGACUUGGAGGUGGCACGCAAGCUACAGGAAGAAGAAAUUAAGGCGAGUCAGUUGGACAGGCGAGCUGCUCAAGUUGCACAAGAUGAGGAAAUAGCACGACGGCUAAUGGAAGAAGAGAAAAGGGAGUAUAAGAGAUCGAGGGAUAAGGAGAAACAAGUGAUUGAGAGACGACGGCCUGAGGUGGAAUAUAAGCCAGUGCAAGAAGAAGUAGUACGACCACGAGCGCGAGAAGAGCCGCGCAUCAGAGAGGACGAGUACCAGAGAGCACGCAACCACAAACCCGUCAGGCCGCCGCCUCCUACACAGCACUACGAGAACGUAAACCCGAGCUACGCAUUUGCGGACCCCUACUCCCCUCGCCCUCCGUCAAGACCAGAGGCGGCGUACAAAGGUGCCUACUACAGACAGUGACCAUAAGCCUCCACUGCUGUCCAAUCUUGAGUCCGUUCUGCCCUUUAUUUUGCGAAUCAGUAGAGGAGAAGUGAUUCAGAAAUACUUUGAGGCUUUUGGCAGAAGCUACUGACACUUUAUUUUAUUUUUCCCUCUUGGGUUCAUCACAUCAGAUGAGCCGACGUCGUCUCUACGUGUUGUGAAAGAGUCUUUUACCCUGGAGCUACGAACUACUGGGCGACAGGGACAGUUCCUGUUUGCUUCUCAUGUUCUUGUCUUAUUGUGGAUGAGUGGACAGGAAGGGAUCUACUGCACAGCUCUCUAGAAUAUCCCUUUUCUCUUGGUGUCUGUAAUGAGGCUUGGUCUUGAUUCCAUGUUGAGUUCAGGAUACAGCGGUUUUCCACUUUUUUGUUAUUUUUAUUUAACGGAAAACAUGCUUGAAUUUAUACGCAGCACACUUUUGUGCUAUAUAUUUAUUGAUUUAUUUUGAGAGGAUAUUUUAUUUUUUGAUUCGUGUUUUAAAACGCUGAUCGUUUUACCCUUUCCCCAAUCGAUCUGAAGAGACUGUUAGCUUAAACCAGGAGCGAUCCGAUUUCUGGAGAUGCAAAAUUUCACAUAUCUCAACGUCUUAAGAAGCAUGAAUCAAGGUGAGGUUGUCAGCGCUUCUAUUUGUUUUGCCUUCAUAUCAUUGAUGAGAGACUCUUUACUCACACUGCAGGCUCACGUACAGCUAGGGUUCAAGACGCUCAGGCUUCGGGUGCCUUUGUUUUUGUGAUAUUUCCCCCUUCACCUGCAGUGUCCGUAGCGAUUCUCUCAUCUUCUUCAUAUGUGCUUCAGGACCUACAGUGCUCUAGUGUUCAAGUGCAUGCUGGCUGAAUGUGAACUCUGUGGGGUCUAUAUGAAUCUUGUCCAAAAAUGGCCACAAACAAAUCUCUACUCCUCAUUUUUUAUUUUGAUAUUAUGUUUUAUUUAUAAUUCAAUUCAAAUCCAAAAUAAUAGUUUUAAGGCAUGUAGUAGCAUUGCUGUUGGCGCAGACGUAAACCGUUUUCUCGCUUGCUGCAUCAUAUGCAGUUCAUGUUAAUAUAUCAGUGUUCAGAUUUGCAGUGCUUUGCAUUUGGUGGCAAACUUACUUUAAGCAGGGACACCAGCGAACAGAUCAAGGCAGCAAACAAGUGACUAUGGCUUUAUUUGGCACUUUCUAUGAAUAGAGUAUAAAGUAGGGCCUGAAACUCUUGGGGAGAAACUGUUUUUCAGCAAAAUAUCAGUGAAAAAAAAAUAAAAAAAAAAU